CCUGGUCCCACAUACUACAGAUCCCAAUCCUCCAUAGUCCACACUACACUACAUACACUAUGUUAGUCUACUUACUUCACUGACUCCCAGGAAAACAAAAGUCCAAAUAGUCAACACCCCAAACCCUACUUGUGAGAAUCUUAAAAACAGAAAUUCAAUUCUAGCUCCUCAUUUCCAAAUUGUCCAAACCAAAACAAAAAAGGCAAAGCCAUACAUAAACACACACAAACAUAGUGAGAGUGAGUGAGUGAGUGUAGUGUAGUAUUGUUUUGUAGCUAAGCAAAAAUGAGUUUCACCUUCACCACCAUGACCUUGAACUUGGUCCUCUUAAUGGCCAUGGUGGCCACCAACAUCCUCUCCCUCUACCACCUCUCCUCCACCCUCCAAUCCCCCAAAUCCCCCAAACCACCCCCACCUGUCCCCGACCAACUCCUCCACCAGCUCCACACUAUACGCGCCACCAUCAACCACCUCACGCGCCUCCAGAACAUUAACAACCCAACUAAAAAAUCCACCAUCCCCUCAGAUCUACUCUUAUACUCCCACCUCUCCCCAAUAGCCUCCUCCUGCCACAACCACCCCGAACUCCUCCACAAGUACAUGACUUACACACCUUUCUCUCUCUGCCCCUCCGAUUCCGACCUCGCCGAAUCCCUAAUCCUCCGCGGCUGCCACCCCCUCCCCCGCCGCCGCUGCUUCUCCAAAACACCACAGAAACAAAUUCCCCCAAAUUCCCUCCCUAAAAACCCCUUCCCUUCCUCCCUCCCUAACAACGCUGUAAUUUGGGAUCAUUACCAAUGCAAAUCGUUCGAUUGCUUGAAUAAACAAAACCCUAACCUCGGCUUCCAACCUUCUCGUGAUAUUUCGAGGUUCAAUUCGUAUAAGACUGAUUUGGAUCUCCCGAUCCAGCAGCUGUUUCAGAUCGCGGCGGCCGCGAAGUCGGUGCUGCGCCUCGGCCUCGACGUCGGCGGCGGCACCGGCUCCUUCGCCGCAGCGAUGAGGCUCCGCAACGUGACCGUGGUAACCACGACCAUGAACGUGGCGGCGCCGAACAGCGAGGCCGUCGCGCUGCGGGGGCUCGUGCCGCUGCACAUGCCACUGCAGCAGCGGCUUCCGCUGUUCGACGGCGUCCUGGAUCUAGUGCGGUGCGGGCGCGCCGUGAACCGGUGGAUUCCGUUGACGGUGAUGGAGUUUCUGCUGCUGGAUGUUGAUAGGGUGCUGAGGGGAGGAGGGUACCUUUGGGUGGAUCAUUUUUUCAGCAAAGGGGUGGACCUUGAGAAGGUGUAUGCGCCUUUGAUCGGGAAAUUGGGGUACAAGAAGGUGAAGUGGGCGACGGGGAAUAAGACCGAUGCCGGUGGGGUAAAAAAUGGGGAAGUUUACUUGACUGCGUUGCUGCAGAAGCCUGUGUCCAGAUGAGGGUGGUUUCACGCAAAAAAAGUUUGAUAUAUGCUAUAAGAACGAUAAGCAGGUCGGUUUAUCCUGAUUUCCUUGCUCAAAAAGGUGUUUAUGGGGCGCGUAAUGAAGCAAUUUUCAUGCCCACUUUGAUGGAUCAUAGAAUCAAUUCGUUGAAACAAAGAUAGAAGAAGGAAGCCAAUGACAGGUGUAUAUCCAUGGGGAAACUGGUCGAGGAAAAUAGUUUUUGGUGAUCGUUUUUUGUUAAUCCUAUUUGAUCAAAUUAUGUUAUUCCAAUUAAUUGUUUUGAAAUAAAUUUAAGAAACGCCAUUGCCUGGUUGGCUUUCAUAUAGUUCUUACAGCGCUUGCCAUU